CGUUUUAUUUUUAUUACCUUAUUUAUUUUCUUAAAGGUACCAAGCUUUUAACCUCAGUUUUAAUGCCACUGGAGUCUUCGUAGGUCAAAGUUUGCCAGCCUCAGGAUCCUGGGGACACCGCCCGAUAGGCGGUUCCUGAGACUCCGGCAGCGGCAGCGCAGGGCCCAGCGCCUGCGCAGCCGCACUACGUUUCCGGGCAAGGUGGGCGCUCUGGGCCUGGGGAUCCCGCGCCUGGAGGGCUAAGAAAAUGAUGGCAGUUGAUGGAUAUAACACAAGCUUGCUUAACACAAAUUGCCUAGAAGAUGGAUUUAUGAAAGAUGAAGAAAAACAGAAUUUACUUUGUGAAAUUUCACAACAAAAUAUUCAGCUAAGGGAGCAGGUCAGAAAGCUUGAAGCUGAGUUACAGGAUACCACCAGAAACUCAAAGAUUAAAGAGGAUAUUCCUAAAAUGAAAUUGAAAUUCAUAACUACAGAGGAUCCUGAGAACGACAGCCAGUUUUUCAAUGUCUCCUCUUCAUUUAAAGUGGACUCAAAAAUUCCUUAUGAGCUACAAAAAGGACAAGUUCUUAUCACCUUUGAAAAAGAAGAAGUUGCCCAAAAUGUGAUCAGGCUGGGGGAACAUCACAUACGGAUAGACGAUGUAGAUGUUAAGGUGAUGGCCAAUCCUGUUCCAUUAAACACCGGAGUCAGAUUUCAGGUUAAUGUAGAAGUUUCUAAAAUGAAGAUCAAUGUUGCUGAAAUUCCUGAUGUAUUGCCUGAAAAUCAGAUGAGAGACAAACUAGAACUGAGCUUCUCUAAGUCCCAACAUGGAGGCGGAGAGGUGGCAUGUGUGAAGUAUGAUAAGCAGUCUCGAAGUGCUGUUAUUACCUUUGUGGAAAUUGGAGUGGCUGACAAGAUUUUGGAAAAGAAAGACUAUCCUCUCUAUAUAAAUCAAAACUGCCACAGAGUUACUGUUUCUUCAUACACAGAAACACAUGUGAAAAAGUUUCAGGUGUUUUCAGGAAUAUCCAAGAGAACGGUGCUUCUGACUGGAAUGGAAAAGCUUCCAUGUACUGAUGAGGAACAUAUAGAGGAUUUAGUCACAAUUCAUUUUCAACGGGAAAAGAAUGGAGGGGGAGAAAUAGAUGUUGUAAAGUGUUCUCUAGGUCAACCUUGCAUAGCAUACUUUGAAUAAUGAUCUCAUAUAUGAAAAUGAGAGCUUUUGAGCCCAAAUCACUGCCAAUGUUGGACAAAAUUAUCAUUUUUUUCCUUAAAAAUGAUGAUUUUAAUCUUUAACAUUCAUUUAUUCUUAGAUACAAAUUGUGUUUCUGUGUUGUUGAGUUCUUUAUUUCAAACUGUACUGCAUGUUUACAAAUGCAGUAGGUGCAUUUGAACCCGUGCCUGUUGAACAUCUUAAGUAACCCAAUCACCCCAUUAUACAUAGGCUCAUUCUGUCACGGUCACAUGGACUAACUCAGAUUUGGCCCCAGUCCUACUAGCAUGCAGGCCUGACUCAUAAUUUUCCAAAAGAAUUGUUCAAUUGAGCAGUUCUGAUUACUAUAGAUUUUUCUGAACUUUCAAAGAUCCUUUUCCAUUUCACAACUCCAAAAGUAUUCUUAGAGCUGAAUGUAGACUUCUUGAACAUUCCUUCACUCAAAGUACCAAAUGUUCCUGGUUCCUUCUAAGAACUUGCAAAGAAAGAAUUUUCAUUCUUUAUUUUCACUUUUAAUUUAAAUAAUUAUUGUAAGGAAUUAAAAGUUUUGUAAAAACCUGGCAUCUGGGAAUGUCAGAAGAUUAAAUACAUGUUCCUACCCUUUAGGAACUUAACAUUUAAUUGGAGCAAGACCCAUUUUAUUGGCAUUUCCAACAUCUUUUUUUUUCCCACCAUCUUUUUAAGUUGCACAGCUUUUAAAUGAAAAAAUUCAAGGUUCCUAUUUACCACAGGUAAAUUUUUCUUCAGUAAAGCGCAUUUGGACAGCUUUUAUCUAAAUAUGGUAUGUUUCAUGAAGAGCCAACUGCAGGAUUAAAUUCACAUUAAAAUACUGGCAGACAUGAAAUACUUUUAGUAAAAAUUCUAAAUUUAAACUUAUCCAAUGAUAUGUCUACUAACACAUAAAGGGAAAAACUGAAAGGAAAAGAAUAACUUGGCUUUUGCUUCUGUUACUUUCUUUAGAUUUUAAAGUAGUUAUGCUACAAUCAGAAGUACUUAUUCUCACACUUCUCUUUGGAACGAGAGAGCACAUACAAACUGGAAAAUUUAUAAUAAAUAUUCAUAUACACCAUUUUGGAAAAAAAAAUUCUCUUGUGUCAGUUUUUCUUUUGA